GUAGGUUAGAAUAGUUCAAUAUUUAUGAGAUUUGACAUAUUUAUCUAAGAAGAAUAGGAUUAAUAAGACCAGUGUAAGAGAAGUGAAGGAAGACCUAAUUGUAUAACAGUAUAGUUUGUUAAGCAGAAGGUAGCCUGGUUAUUGAUUGAAACCACCUACUCUGUAUGAUACAGGUGUUUUAAACCAAAAAUCAAUAUUAAUAUGACAUUGUUAUCAUGUACUGAAGAUUUGAGAGACAAUGACAACUGAUUUCUCUAUGGUUCAUUAUACAACUUAUAUCAGCUAAAAAAUAUAGAUUUUCUGGAUAACAUUCAUAAUGGAUUCACAAGUUUCAAGUUCUAAAUGGACUUAUAAUCUGCGAGAUUCAUCUUCACCUCAACCAGUCAAAAUGAGCGCAGGACCACCAGGAAGUAUUCAAGAUGAUUACGCUUCAAAGAAAAGGCUUAAUCAGCUGGAAAUAAUCGAAAAAUCUAACAGAAAGAAGCGCCAGUCUCCAGGAAUGAUGCAACCAAAUAUUGAUAGCCGUCCAUCCUCAGGUAGAAAAAAUCGUGAAGACGCUCGUCCACUAGUCAAAGAAGGAACAGCAAAGUCAGCGCCACCAGCAAAUUUUGUAUAUGAUAAUCCAGGGAUUAUGACACAUGAAACAUCAUCUAGUAAAGUAGAAGUAUUAAAUGUAACAUCAGACGUAUCUAAAGAUUAUAGUGAUGACAGUGAUAGUGAUGUCCCAACAAUCACCACAACAGGUGGAUCUGAAACAUCAAUAAAUAAUUUUAACCGUCGUAAUGGUCCAUCACAAACUGUAUCAGCAGCUACAUCAUCUAGUUUAAUAACAGAUGAAGAGGAUGAUGAUGUUGAUAUUGAAAGUAUGCCUAUUGCUCCCCAACCUCCCCGCUCACCUAAUCCUAACACACGUAAUUCACAGUCCACUAAUAUGUCUGGUUUUAACACUAAUCAGAUGGAUAGUUAUGACGAAAAUGAAAAGGGUGGUGCUAGUGGACCUAGAAUGUAUUCACCUGAUCCUGGAGAGAAUCUAGAAGAAUUUGUAU